AUGCGUAUCGAGGAAGGAUUCCAGCAGACCCCGUACACUGAACCCAAUGCGUACACGACCGACAGCGUGCUGCCCAGCCUGCUGAAGCGGCUUCUUCCCGCGGAUGCGCUGCGCGAGGUUGAGAGCGACCUCGUGCGCUUCGGUGGGGAAGGCCUCGCUGAGCUCCGUGAAAUGAAUGCAAAGGCCGCCGAGCCGCAGCUCAUACAGUACGACAACUGGGGCCGGCGCGUCGACGAGCUGCGGACGUCCGAGGGCUGGCGUGAGGUCAAGGCAUAUCUGCAACGUGAGGGUAUCCCCGGCAUUUUCUACGAGAGGCGCUACGAUGCGCACAGCCGUGUGUACGGCUUUGCGAAGCACCUACUCUCGUCGGGCUCUUCGAGUGUGAUGUACUGUCCGCUGGGGAUGGCGGAUGGUGCUGCCAGAGUUUUGGAGUUGAGUGGUAGCCCUGCGACCAAACGCGACAUUCUGCCACGACUCAUCAGCCGCGACCCCGAGAUAGCGUUCACAGCAGGACAGUGGAUGACUGAGCGCCCGGGGGGUUCAGACGUCUCACAGACAGAAACGGUUGCCAGACCCGUACCUGAUGCCACAAGCCCGUACGGUCCCGUGUAUAGCAUCGACGGCUUCAAGUGGUUCUCGAGCGCGACGGACAGCGACGUCGCGGUUGCGCUCGCUCGCACAGGCUCAGUCGCUUCAGGUUCGCGUGGACUCUCGCUCCUCCUAAUUCCGCUGCGACGACCGCUCAUCCGGCCGACAAACGAACCGCGGCCGUCUGCGCUGACGAACAACAUUCGGAUCCACAGGCUGAAGAACAAAGUGGGGACAAAGAUCGUACCGACCGCGGAGCUCGAGCUCGCCGGCGCAGAGGGCUACCUCAUCGGCGAGCCGGGCGCGGGCGUGAAGCUCAUUGCACCUGUGCUGAACAUUACGCGCAUGCACUCGGCGGUGACGUCGAUCGGCUCGCUCCGCCGCUGCAUCGCAAUUGCGACGGCGUUCUCGCAUGUGCGAAGGCUUCCCGGAAAGGAAAUGCUCAAUGAGAAUGUGGUCCAUGUUGCGGAGCUUGCGAAGGCAACCGUCGUCUACCGCGCGCUGACACACAUGGUCUUUGGCGCGGUGCUGUUGCUGGGCAAGACGGAGUGUGGUGUCGCGACGGAAGAGGAGGCGAUGCGGUUGAGGCUGUUGACACCCGCCGUAAAGUCGUUUGCGGCUGACCGGGCGAGUUAUGUUAUGGAGGAGUGUAUGAGUCUUCUUGGCGGGCAAGGAUACAUGGAAGAGACUGAGUUCGGGACGAUCAUCAAGGAUGCUUGGGUUGAGAAAAUCUGGGAGGGAACCGCUGCAGUCCUCGCACUGGACAUGAUCAGAGCGACAUCCAAACCAGGUGUCCUAGGCGCAUUUGUCUCCUGGGCAAACUCGACCAUCUCCUCCUGCCCUACUGAGCUCGCUCGACGGCUAUCAGUGCCCCUCGAUACUCUUCGUAAGGGGCUGAACGAGAUACACUCGACCUACACUACACGCUCCAUCACGCUUGCGUUACGCCCGGCACUGAUGCUGUUCUCGCACGUCACUUCCGCUCUAUACCUCCUGGAGCAUACCGUUUGGGCACACGCAAAUAGCGAGCCCACCGCUGAGACCGAUAUCGAGGUCUUCCGCCGGUGGGUCCAAGAGAACGGGCUGGAUCAAGCGAUGCAGGACGUGCAGCGCGCGAAGGCUGCCAAUGCGAGCAGGCCAAAGGCCGACACGCAGAUCGUGUACGGAGCUGGUCCAGAGAGGGAAUCGCCGAAAGCGCACCUGGCCGAGAAAGUGACUGCACAUUUGUGAGACCAGCAGCUUAAAGCUUGGAUACCUUGAUAUUGCAUUGUAUAUGAUACUUUGUUCACAAAAGUCUCAAAGAGCAUGCCACGGCCGAUACCGAUGAAAGGAUCUGU